GCCCGGGGCGGGGCCUCGGCGCUGUCCGGUGCUGAAGCGGCGGCGGCGCGGAGAGCGCGGGGAGGAGCCGGCGCGCUCGCACCCGGGACCGGGCGUCGCUGGGCCGCGGGCCGCGGGCAUGGGGCGGCCGCCGCUGUCGCUGCCGCUGCCGGUGCUGCUGCUGCUGCCGGCCCUGGGCCUGCCCGCCGCGCCCGCCCCCCGCCGGCAGCUCCCGGGGCGCGCGGGCUGCCUGAUCCAGGAUGGACUCUGCAGGGACUCGGAGCUGUGUGUGGAUGAUGGAGCGUUCGGAAGGUGCCAGUGGCUUCCCGCCAUGGACGUGCCCGGCUACCCAGUGUCCCUGGGGACUCAGCGCCUGAGGGCCAGCUUGCAGCAGCCACCCGACUCAGACACAGAUGCCCGGACCCGUGAGCUCCUGAAGGACCCAGUGAAGCACCGGGCUGACGGCGGGACCUGGGACCCUGUGCGCCUCGACGAGGUGGUCCUCAUGCUUUCAGGCCCAGACAAGACUGGGCUUGGGGGAGCCGCCGGGGGACAGUCUGGGGAGCAGGGGGACGGCGCGGCAGCUGUGCACGGGGCCCACAGCCGGCCAGGUCACGGCGGGCCAGGCGGGGGCGCCGAGGCUGACCUGGAGGAGCCUGCGGGGCUGGAGACCGUGAGGAGCCAGACCUACUUCCGAGAGCUGGGGCCCGGCGGGGACCCCGCAGGUGGACGGCACGGCCAGAGCCCGGGGGCAGGGGCCCAGGGACACGCCGGCCCAGACCUGCGGCUGGAGGUCAAGUCGCCCUCAGAGCCGGGCUACGUGGUGACCGACAGAGACCCCCUGAGCCUGGCGCAGGGUGCGGAGCUGGUGGGGGAGCUGGCACGCCUCCUGGACCUGCCUGCUGGCGUCUUCUGGGACAUCCGGGUGCAGGGGCCCACGGUGACCUUCAGAGUGAGCCCCGGAGUCCACAACCUGACAGAGGCAGACGUGGCCCAGGCGGCAGCUGACAACAAGGACCGACUGCAGAGCGCGACGGGGCUCAAGGUCCUUGGAGCUGGCGUCGGGUCGGGGACCCAGCCGCAGCCGCGGCCUCAGCGCGGGCGCCCCGAGGACUCCACCAAGUUCGCGGUGCUCACCCUGGUCUCUGUGGCGGCCAUCGUGGGCGUGCUGCUGGCCUCGGGGGCCGCCUACUGCCUGCGCCACGGCUCCCGCCACCGGCUCCGGGAGAAGCUGGGCCGGCCCCCCGGCCCCGACUGCACGGCCGCCUACCAGGAGCUGUGCCGGCAGCGCAUGUCCGGGCGCCCGUCGGAGCGGCCCGAGGCCCCGCACACGUCACGUGUCAACAGCGUCUCGUCACAGUUCAGCGAUGGGCCCGUGCCCAGCCCGUCCGCGCGGAGCAGCACCUCGUCUUGGUCCGAGGAGCCCGUGCAGCCCAACAUGGACAUCUCCACUGGCCACAUGGUGCUGGCGUACAUGGAGGACCAUCUGCGGAACAAAGGCCGGCUGCAGGAGGAGUGGCAGGCACUGUGCACCUACCAGGCGGAGCCCGGCAUUUCGCUCGUGGCCCAGCGUGAGGAGAACGUCCCCAAGAACCGCUGUCCCGGGGUGCUGCCCUAUGACCACUCCAGGGUCCUGCUCAAGGUGGAGAACGGCCACAGCCAGUCGGACUACAUCAACGCCAGCCCCAUCAUGGACCACGACCCACGUAGCCCCGCCUACAUCGCUGCCCAGGGCCCGCUGCCCACCACCGUGGCCGACUUCUGGCAGAUGGUGUGGGAGAGCGGCUGUGUGGUCGUGGUCAUGCUCACGCCCCUGGCCGAGGGUGGCGUGCGGCAGUGCCACCACUACUGGCCCGACGAAGGCUCCAGCCUGUACCACAUCUACGAGGUGAACCUGGUGUCGGAGCACAUCUGGUGCGAGGACUUCCUGGUGCGAAGCUUCUACCUGAAGAACGUGCGGACCCAGGAGACACGCACCGUCACCCAGUUCCACUUCGUCAGCUGGUACGACCGGGCCGUGCCCGCGUCCACCCGCUCGCUCCUGGACUUCCGCAGAAAAGUAAACAAGUGCUACCGGGGCCGUUCUUGUCCAAUAAUUGUCCACUGCAGUGACGGUGCGGGCCGGAGCGGCACUUACGUCCUGAUCGACAUGGUUCUGAAUAAGAUGGCCAAAGGCGCUAAGGAGAUCGACAUCGCGGCCACCCUGGAGCACCUGCGGGACCAGAGGCCUGGCAUGGUGCAGACCAAGGAGCAGUUCGAGUUUGCACUGACGGCCGUGGCCGAGGAGGUGAACGCCAUCCUUCAAGCCCUACCCCAGUAGCCGCCG